UUUAAGCCAUUGCCAAAAUUACUGCUAUUUAUGCUACGGAGAGAGAGAGGUUGAUCAACUCUCUCCAUCUCUGUCUUUUGGAGUAUUCGCAGACCCCGAAACUUUUCUGAUGUUGAAGCUCUUUUCAUGGCGACGCUCAAUCCAACACCCACAACCCUUGAACCUCAGGUUAUUUCCUCAUCUGCUGCCCUCGCCCUCGCCCUUGCCCUUGCCCUUGCCCUUCCUCUUCAUCUCUCGUUUUCUGGGCUACUCUCCACCUGCAGAAGAUGAAGAAAUAUACGACCCCCCUUUUUCUCCCACCCCUACACAAACCGCCAAAAGGAAAAACAAGUCAAAAUUCAUUAAAAAGAAGAACCAAACGCAGAAAGUCGCCAACAAAAUUAAUUCCGAUGGUGCCAAUGGCUUUCCGGUGAAGUCCGAAUUGCCAUUUGAUUUUAUGUACUCUUACUCAGAGACCAGCCGGGGUGUUGAGCCCAUUGGUUUUCGCGAACCCAAGAGGUUUUCGCCCUUCGGGCCGAGCCGGAUUGAUCGGAAAUGGACUGGGACAAGAGCUCCAGCCGAGCAAAAGCCGGAUUUGGAGAAGUUGGCGGAGAAGCGCCAAAGGGUUCUUGGGGAGCCACUCUCCGAGGAGGAGGUUACGGAGCUCGUGGAGAAAUAUCGCCACAGCAAUUGCUCCCGCCAAAUUAAUUUGGGAAAAGGAGGUGUUACGCAUAACAUGCUAGAAGACAUCCACAACCACUGGAGAAGAGCUGAAGCAGUGCGAAUCAAGUGCUUGGGGGUGCCAACUCUGGACAUGGACAACAUUUGUUUCCAUCUUGAGGACAAAUCUGGAGGAAAGAUUAUAUAUCGUCACAUAAAUAUCCUUCUCCUAUAUCGUGGUCGUAACUAUGACCCUGACAAGCGGCCGCAGGUUCCAAUAAUGCUGUGGAAGCCUCACGCACCAAUUUAUCCGAAGCUUGUGACUAAUGUUGCUGAUGGCCUGACAUUUGAAGAAACUAAGGAGAUGCGGAACAGAGGGCUUAAUUCUCCUGCCUUAAUGAAACUCACUAGGAAUGGUGUAUAUGUAAAUGUUGUGGAGAGAGUAAGAACGAAAUUUGAGACUGAAGAAGUAGUAAGGUUAGACUGUACUCAUGUGGGCACAAGCGACUGUAAGAAGAUUGGCGUCAAACUGAGGGAUCUGGUUCCUUGCGUUCCUCUCUUGUUCAAAGAUGAACAGAUUAUACUGUGGAAGGGAUACAAAGAACGUGAAUGAAACCUUCAUUCAUAUGUGGAACUUUCAAGCCAGAAAAUGGUGGGGCAAAACGGUGUAAACCUGAUGCAGUUGCACUAGAGAUUUCUGAUCACCUCCCUAGCUAGCAAGAAUUGGUGGCUGCAGUUUCAAACUCAGGUUUGCACGGAUUUUCCUGACAGGUUAGAUUGGUGAGCACUAGAGAAUGUGCAGGCAACUGACUUGAUGUAUGAUUAGGGAACUUCUCGACUUAUCAAGUGUAUCAUCCUGCACUUUCUGUGUUAGUCAUGGCCCUUUGGGAUUUUUUACAAUCUAUCAGAAACUUUAACAGUGAACACGGACUCCUGAUGAAUGGAACUAUUCUUAUGUCAAAUUUGAUAUUUGAUAUUAAAUACACUGGUCAAGUUUUCACCGAUCUAAUCAUGCAG